AUGGCAACCGCAAACAAGGGUGCUUCCAUCCCAGACACGGUUGCCGUGGGCAGUGAGCAGGAGACUAUCGAAACAUGGAGACACAGAUCCAAGAUCGACCAAAGCUCACAGAUUCGACUGCUCAAACUAGCGCAUAUGCGGUACCGGCAUCCUGACCUAGAGCAAAUCACCGCCUUCCUACUGGACUUUGGUAUGACCGUGGCCAAAAGAACGGAUGAUGAAAUUUGGUAUCGAGGAUAUGGCGAGGAUCAGUAUGUCUACUAUGCACGCAAGAGGCCAAAGAAGUUUCUCGGAGGCACCUUUGCUGUUGAAUCCUUCGAGGAUUUGGAGAAAGCCUCUCAGCUUCCAACGGCGGGCAAUAUCCAAGAACUGUCUGACUCACCCGGGGGAGGUUUCAUGCUCAUUUUGACAGACCCCGAGGGCUUCCCAAUCAACUUGAUGUUUGGACAAGCCCAAGCAGACCGUGGGGAUUACCCGGACAAACUUUCAAUCAACUACGAAGAAGAUGAGCCGCGUAUCAGGCGAUUCCAACGUUUCAAACCAGGACCAGCGGCGGUACACAAGUUGGGCCAUUUCGGCGUCUGCACGCAGCAGUUCGACGGGCUGGUUGACUUUUACACGAAUACAUUCAAUAUAGUCCCGACAGACUUCCUAUACGUGGAGAACGAAGGCAAGAAAAAGAAUGUUGCCGUAUUACGUGGACCAUCGCAGCUUUUUCAUCAGCACAAAUGCUACAACCCAUGUCCACACUGCUCAUUCGAGGUCCACGACUUUGACACGCAGAAGUUAGGGCAUCAAUGGCUGGCUGAUAAGAAGUAUGAGUCUGUGUGGGGCGUUGGUCGCCACAUUUUGGGAUCUCAGAUCUUUGACUACUGGUGGGAUACUACCGGGAAUACGAUCGAGCAUUACGCAGAUGGAGACUUGGUCAACGAUCAAACUCCUAUCGGCUAUGGGCCUGCUGGAGAUGAGUCAUUGGCUGUCUGGGGGCCUGAAGUACCUGCUUGGUUUUUGAAUUAG